CGGCACGAGCCCAGCGUCUCAUGCAGGACGCCUUCUGGAAAUUUUCGAACCGCGACCACCACCGGCUUGCUGAUAUGUUUGUCCGCCCUAUGCAUUCGAUUUGAACCCACCAACGCUCCGUGGUCUCACAGAUCAUGGCUUGCUGCUGCCAAAGCACUGCGCUCAGGCUUUUUCUGAACAGCCUUGCUCAAGUCCACGGCCCUGCACGCGCAGCCACGUCCCGACUCUCGCAAAACCAGAGUCUCUACAACGCACUUCGCAAUCCCCCAAGGCGGGUCAGAAGCUCGCAGAGGGCAACUUUCCCGCUUUCGACGCCGCAAUCGAGACUUCUACAUACUUCUACCGUUAGAAAAGGCUCAGCGGAAGCCGUCCGCGCCGUGCAAGAUGAUGUUGACGAGGGGAGGACACCGGAGGAUACUACCGUGCUGGCCGAGGUAGCAUCUCGCAGAGAAAGGCUCCCGCCCAACAUUACUUUCCACGACUCCGAAACGGCACAAAGAACUGAGGCAGAUGAGCGCAACUCGGAGACGCGAAAAGGAGAACCUGGCGAGGAGAAGCCCAAGUCCAAAAAGAAGAAGAAGAAAGCAAAGAAAGACCAAACAGUCAAGGACGAUGAACAACCUGAUCCGCCCAAAGAGAAAGAACACUGGAUGAUACAGAAGAAAGCACUCAAGGAAAAAUUCCCCGAGGGCUGGAACCCGCGCAAAAAGCUGUCGCCGGAUGCCAUGACCGGAAUCAGAGCCCUUCACGCACAGUUUCCCGAAGAAUACACCACCGAGGUGCUGGCGAACAAGUUCGAGGUGUCGCCCGAAGCGAUCCGCAGGAUCCUCAAGUCCAAAUGGACCCCGUCGCCCGAGGAAGAGGAAGAGCGCCAGCAGAGGUGGUUCAACAGAGGAAAGCGCGUCUGGGCGCAUUGGGCCGAACUCGGCAAGAAGCCCCCAAAGAAGUGGCGGGCCGAGGGCAUCGUCCGUGAUCCCAAGUGGAAUCGCCCGAGAGGACCCGUUUCGAAGCCGGCGCCUAAGAAGGUGAAGGAGGAACGAGAGCACACUGCCGAGGUGGAAUGGAGGAUUGCGGAGGACAUGGUGGGGUGAUGUUUUGCCCCGUUAAAGAGGGCAAAGGCGAGCGAGAGCUUAGGUACUGUCCCGGCAAGCAGUGAGCUCUGUGUGCUGAAAGUUUGUUGGGUAAUUCUGUAUCAUAAUUAUUGUACGAAUAUGAACUCCAUUACAAAAG